AUGUCAGCCGGCUACCCGAGCGAAGCAUCUGCAUCGAAGGAAGAGCUCCAGGUUCAGGUUCUGGGGCUGCAUGGAGACGGAUUCAACUUGCAAGUGCUCACAGGCUCUGAGCUUCGAAAGAUGAUUCGGGACCGACUUCCAUGCAAAGAUGGAGCAAGAGUCUCAGUGCUGAGAGGAACUGAGAAGCUGUCACUGAGGAAGACUCUGACCGAACAAGGUCUUGCACCAGGGCAAUCACUCUCUUUGUCCUACACUUAUGAGGCAGUCGACCUGCAGGACCCGAGCGAAGACGGUCGGGUCUUCCACCAGUACAUCGAGGUUUGGUUGAGAUCAGAUGGAGACGGGACCCUGAAUGAGCCCAAGUGCUGGUGCUCAUUUCCAAGCGCAAAGGCAGCAGUCGCUGUGCAAUCGGUGUUCAACGGAGUUUGCCACAAGAAACGCUGGGAGCUUGUCACCUUUCUUCUUUUAUUUCACCCAGUUUGUAGUUUUAUCGGCCGAAGAUAG